AUGGAUUUAAAUCUAGUGUUUGUUCUAUCUUCUUAUUUGUUUCUUACGCAAAUGGUCGAAGGAAACAGUGAUUCAAUUUUACAGGAAUUUGAUUGUGUUGAUAAAUACAAACAACCCGCUUUCCAACAUCCAUUGUUAAAACACCACAAGAUUCAAGAAAAUUUUGGUUUCAAUGAAAACCAUGAUAUAAAAAAUAAAUAUAAAGAAAAUGAUCGAAGUUGUCCAAAAGGAACUGUGCCAAUUUUAAAGCAGAAAAUUGGAAUUGAGAGCUUUCAUCCGAACACAAUGGAAUAUUUUGGCCAACAUUUUGCUACCGUCGAGACCAUUUUGGAUGAGAGCAUUUACCGCGGAGCAGAAGCUAUGAUAAGUGUUCACAAUGUAACUGUACAAAAUAACCAAUACUCUAAAAGUCAAAUUUGGUUAGAGAACGGACCUCGCGACGAACUCAAUAGCAUACAAUUUGGAUGGGCGGUUCAUCCAAGAAUAUACGAGGACACUUUGACGCGAUUUACAAUAUAUUGGACUGCAGAUGGAUAUAAGAAAACUGGAUGUUAUAAUACAAAUUGUCCUGGUUUUAUUAUUACAAGUCGAGUUCCCUCCAUUGGAAGCUAUAUUAGUAGAUCUUCUAUUUACGUUGGUAAAGAAACAAGAUACGUCACACCACAAGUUUUUCAGGAUGGUUUUACCGGAAAUUGGGCGCUAAAAAUAUUAGAUGAAAUAAUUGGUUAUUGGCCCAAAGAAUUAUUCACACACUUAAGAAAAGGAGCUUCUUUGGUGCGAUACGGAGGAAAUACCUUCACAUCUCCUAAUGGAAUUAGUCCUCCAAUGGGAAAUGGACAUUUUCCGGUUAUUGACUUUCAUAUAACCACUGUGUUUCUUUCCAAAGUAUAUGUUCAAUAUUUUCCUUUAAGUUCUUUUCUCUUUUCGGUUUGGUUUGGUUAUUCUCUUUUCCCAUGUAUGUUGCAGCUGUCAGAAAGCAAAUGGUUAAUCAUUUGUAGUGAAUGA